AUGGCUACCGCAAACACGCCAAAGACGGUCUCGGAAGAGCCCUCACCACUCGCUUUCUUUCUCAAGCCAACACUACCGUCAUCGCUGCGGUACGACGCCCCGUUCACCCUACGAGUCAAUCCCUCAAAGAACUUCCGCGCGGUGAAAAUAGCAAGCUCACCACCGUCCAAAUCGAUGCUUCUCGUCUCGGAUAUCACCAACGAGACUCUGGCCUCGGUCACCAUCGCGUCUUCAUCGGUCGCGAACGCCUGGACCGAGCACAAGUUUGAGCUCCAGCCCUCGGCAGACGCAUCCAACAGCAACAAUAGCUUCCUGCUGACCUACGAGGCCGCAUCUGGCGACGUUCUCAACUUCAAUUUGAUCAGCCUCUUCCCUCCCACAUAUAAGGACACACCGAAUGGCAACCGCGAGGACCUAAUGGAAACCCUGGCGGGGCUCAACGCGAAGUACUUCCGUAUUCCCGGCGGUAACAACCUGGAAGGCGAGUCGGCGGGCCUGCAGUGGAACUGGACAGAGACGAUCGGAAAUCUCACCGAGCGCCCAGGACGUCCAGGCGAUUGGGGCUACGAGAACACGGACGGCCUUGGCCUUGUCGAGUACAUGCUCUGGUGUCAAGAUCCUGGCCUCGAGCCCGUCCUCGCCGUCUUGGCGGGCUACUGGCUCGACGAGACAGCCGCCUCGGAGGCCGAGCUGCAACAGUAUGUGGAGAGUGCGCUCAGCGAGCUUGAGUUUUUGAUGGGCGACUCGUCAACUGCCUGGGGCGCGCAACGCAUCGCCCUCGGCUACACCGAGCCGUUCCCGAUCAAGUACGUCGAGGUUGGCAACGAGGAUGGCCUGUCUACAGUUGGAGCGGGGACAUAUACUUCAUACCGUUUCAGCGCCUUCUACGACGCCAUUACCGCUGCGUACCCGGAUAUUCUGGUGUUCACCUCUUACACGGGCUACGUGUACGAGAACUCCGGCCAGGACUACCACCAAUACACCAGGCCCGACCGCUUCGUCCAACAGUUCAAGUACUUUGACAACUUUGCCAAUGCGUCCGGCCGUCUCAUCAUGGUCGGGGAAUUCGCGGUCGUGCAGAACAACACCGGCAACCCAGAUGAUGGCACCAACUGGAGCAACCCCAAGAACACAUGGGCCUACCGGAUCGGCUCCGUCGCCGAGGCCAUCUUCCUUUUAGGCACAGAACGCAACGCAGCAACGGCGUGGGGAGUCUCGCACGCGCCGCUGCUCCAGAACCUCAACAGCUACGAGUGGUCCCCGGACCUCAUCUCGUACACCGCCGACCCGUCCCAGACGGUCCUCAGCACGUCGUACGGGGUGCUCAGGCUCUUCGGCAACAACGUCUUCACGUCCACCUUGCCCGCCGACGAGACCUCCGGCUCGGCGUUUGGCCCGGCCUACUGGGUUGCGGGCGUUGAUAACGCCACGAGCACGUACUACCUCAAGGCUGCCGUGUAUAGUAGCACCGCCGACGUGGAGUUUGAUGUCUCCUUCGAGGGUCUUAGUGGUGGCUCGGCAACAUUGACGGUGCUGACUGCGCCGGAUGGGUAUUCGCAUAAUGAAAUUGGCAGUGAAGUUGUCACAACCACGACGCCGACCGUGGCCGCUGUCGAUGGGGUGUUCAGCUUUAGCCUGCCCGAGCUGAGCGUUGCUGUUCUGGCCGCGAAGGCCUAA